AUUGUAAACGCGCGCUCAAAGCAAGCACCCGUCGCCAUAUUGUUAUUUAUUUGCAAGCCGUGCACUCCGUCGCAAAUCGUGCCGUCCGGCCUCCGUGUGUGUGUGUGUGUGUAUGUGCGCGCUGGCCCAGCAGCUGUAAAGGCAUGUGUGCAGCCGAUUCCGUGCCGCUAGUUCCGGUGUGCGCUUGCUAGAAAACAAAAGUCCCCGAAAAAGAGGGCCGGAUUUGCUGAAACUCGUGCUGUGUGCCUGUGCUGUCCAAAGCCUCCUCCGUUCUGCUGGAUGACAGUUGGCGGAGACGCUAGUUGCACUCACAUUUUGCAUGCUAAAGUGAAGAGAGAGGUGUGUGUGUGUGUUGUUUGCGGCAACAUAAUUUGUGCGUAGUGCGAAAUCUGUGGUAAACGGUACGCAUAGGGGCCAUUUCCCUGCGGUAAUUAGAAGCGGCCGAUACACUUCGGGCACAACAAGAUGUCGAACAUUGCGCUGGACAAAGACUGCUUCUUCCGGCGGAUAAAGCGGCUGUACGCAAACUGGAAGGAUCCGGAAUUCAAUCACGAUGAUUCGCUGUCGAAGGUGGACUGCAUCAUGACGGCGGUCGGUGUGGAUGAGGAGACGUUCUACAGCAAAUCGACGUCACUGCAGACCUGGCUGUUCGGCUACGAGCUAACCGACACGAUCAGCAUAUUUUGCGAUAAUGCCAUCCUGUUUCUGACCAGCAAGAAGAAGAUCGAGUUUCUGAAGCAAAUUGAAAAAGAUUCGGAAGAUGGUUUGCCACCGAUUCGUCUGCUCAUCCGGGACAAGAAUGACAAGGAUAAAGCCAACUACGAAAAGCUGUACGAGGCGAUGAAGGCAUCGAAAGCCGGCAAGACGGUGGGUGUGUUUACGAAGGAUAACUUCCCGGGCGAGUUUUGUGAGAAUUGGCGCGCAUUCCUGAAGGAUAAGCAUCUUACCAACGUCGACAUAAGUGUGCCGAUGGGAUACAUCAUGUGCCCGAAGGAGGACUCGGAGCUGUCCACCAUCAAGAAGGCGUGUCUCGUGACGAUUGACGUAUUCAACAAGUAUCUGAAGGAUCACAUCAUGGAAAUUAUCGAUGCGGAUAAGAAAGUGAAGCACGUGAAGCUAGCGGAAGGCGUCGAAUCGGCCCUUACCGACAAGAAGUACGUGAGCGGUGUGGAUACGAACCAGCUGGACAUGUGCUAUCCGGCCAUCAUACAGUCCGGCGGCAACUACAGUCUCAAGUUCAGUGCGUUCAGCGACAAAAACUAUCUCCACUUCGGUUCGAUCAUCUGUGCGCUGGGCGCACGGUACAAAUCGUACUGCUCGAACAUUGUCCGCACGCUGCUCGUCAACCCGACCGACACCAUCCAGAAGCACUACAACUUUCUGCUCAAUCUCGAGGAGGAACUGCUGAAAAAUCUUGUCCCCGGCAAGCGCCUCUCGGAGGUUUACGAUUUGGGGUUGGAGUACGCGAAGAAGGAAGAACCGAAGCUGGUGGACAAGCUGACGAAAACGUUCGGCUUUGCGACGGGGCUCGAGUUCCGCGAAAACUCCAUGACGAUCGGACCGAAGUGUGUGGCGGUGCUGAAGAAGGGUAUGGUGUUCAGCCUUAAUGUGGGGCUGGCCGGGUUGGAAAACUCCGAAGCAUCCGACAAGGAGUCGAAGGUGUACGCGCUGUUCAUCGGCGACACGGUGCUGGUGACGGAUGAAGCGCAGGCGGUCGUGUUGACGCAGUCGAAGAAGAAGAUCAAAAAUAUUGGAAUUUUCCUGAAGGAUGACGAUGAGGAGGAUGAGGAGGAGGAAGAGAAGGACACGGAACAGGCGCCGGAAAUUUUGGGCCGCAGCGGUAAGCGAUCGACGGUGCUGGAGAGCAAGCUGCGCAACGAGCAAAGUUCGGAGGAGAAGCGCAAGCAGCAUCAGAAGGAGCUGGCGAUCGCUUUGAACGAGAAGGCGAAGGAGCGGUUGGCUAAGCAGGCGGGCGGUAAGGAGGCGGAAAAGGUGCGCAAAUCGACCGUUUCGUACAAGAGUGUCAAUCAGAUGCCGCGCGAGCCGGAGGUGAAAGAAUUGAAGCUGUAUGUUGAUCGAAAGUAUGAAACGGUCAUUAUGCCAAUCUUCGGUGUUCCGGUUCCGUUCCACAUCUCGACCAUCAAGAACAUUUCCCAGUCGGUCGAGGGCGAUUACACGUACUUGCGUAUCAAUUUCUUCCAUCCGGGAGCGACGAUGGGUCGCAAUGAGUCCGGCAUGUAUCCCAAUCCCGAUGCGACGUUUGUGAAAGAGGUUACCUACCGUUCGACAAACACGAAAGAGCCGGGAGAGAUAGCGGCCCCCUCGUCCAACCUUAACACAGCAUUCCGGCUCAUCAAGGAGGUUCAGAAGCGGUUCAAAACACGCGAAGCGGAAGAGCGCGAAAAGGAGGAUCUGGUCAAGCAGGACACGCUGGUAAUGUCACAAAACAAGGGCAACCCAAAGCUGAAGGAUCUCUACAUUCGACCGAACAUCGUGAGCAAGCGUAUGACCGGUUCGCUCGAGGCGCACGUCAACGGUUUCCGCUACACGUCCGUCCGGGGCGACAAGGUGGACAUCCUGUACAACAACAUCAAGAGCGCAUUCUUUCAACCGUGCGAUGGUGAAAUGAUCAUUCUGCUGCACUUCCACCUAAAGCACGCCAUCAUGUUCGGCAAGAAGAAGCAUCUGGAUGUGCAGUUUUACACCGAGGUCGGCGAAAUUACGACCGAUCUGGGCAAACAUCAGCACAUGCACGAUCGGGAUGAUUUGGCUGCCGAGCAGGCGGAGCGUGAGCUUCGCCACAAGCUCAAGACGGCGUUCAAAAGCUUCUGCGAAAAGGUGGAGAUGAUGACGAAGCAACAGAUCGAGUUCGACACCCCGUUCCGGGAGCUCGGAUUUCCGGGUGCACCGUUCCGCAGCACAGUAUUAUUGCAGCCCACGUCGGGCAGUCUGGUGAAUCUGACCGAAUGGCCGCCGUUCGUCAUUACGCUCGAGGACGUCGAGCUGGUGCACUUUGAGCGUGUCCAGUUUCAUCUGCGCAACUUUGACAUGAUAUUCGUGUUCAAGAACUAUCAGCAGAAGAUUGCGAUGGUCAACGCGAUACCGAUGAACAUGCUGGAUCACGUGAAGGAGUGGUUAAAUUCGUGCGAUAUUCGCUACUCGGAGGGUAUACAGUCAUUGAACUGGGCAAAGAUCAUGAAAACGAUUACGGACGAUCCGGAAGGAUUCUUUGACAGCGGUGGCUGGACGUUCCUCGACCCGGAAUCGGAGGGCGAGGCUGAGGCAAACAGUGAGACGGAAGAUGAGGAGGAUGAUGCGUACGAACCGACCGACGAUGAUGAUGAGGAGGAGUCCGAUUCCGAGGAUUACUCCGAAGCGUCCGAGGAUGAUGAUGAUGCAAGUGAAGAAGAUCUCGGUUCGGACGAGGAAUCGGGCAAGGAUUGGUCGGAUCUGGAGCGGGAAGCAGCCGAAGAGGAUCGGAACCGCGAAAAGGACGACUACGUUGAUCGCAAUUCGUCAAAGAAACGGUCCCAUCAUAGCUCCUCCAAGCAUAGCAGCAGUCGGGAUAAGAAUCACAAGGACAAACACAACGAUAAGCACCGCAGCGGCAGCAGCAGCAACAGCAAGCACAACAGCAGCAGCAGUCACAAGCGUUCGCGGGACGACAGCCGCGACAGUAACCACCAUCACAAGAGCAAGAAAUCGCGAAAAUAAACCACCUCCCCCCCUUUCCCCCGGACGAUGAUGGCGACGACCGCAUGCUAAUGCUUUCCCGGUAGUGCGAGAGAGUAUACGAUGAAUAAUCAUGCCCAUGGUACGGCCCCGCUUACGACGGUGGGGUUGGUUUUUAUUUGGUAUAACGUUCAUAAGCCCCCGAUUUUUCACCCACUUACUACUGACACCGGCGUAGAGAGUGUGGCUACUGUUUGUUUUUGCUCCCCUCGCGAGGUGGCUGGUUCCCUUCGACAGGAAGCCAUCCCCCCCACCAGAAGGGCGGUCCAGGUUAGCAUUCAGCAUUUGUCUACGGACGGCUGCCGAAUUGUUUGAUUCGUCUCGAUUAAUUCCAGUUCGCUUCGUAAGGAAUGUUCCAGCAUCGCGAGUAGUUCGCUCUUGAAUGUUCGUCCCGGAAAACGGAAACAAAAAGUGGCAAAGAAGGAGGAUUUGUGAAAAUUGUCCCGCAUAUACAUUAUUGAUUGCAUACAUUCAAAAAAAAAAAACGGUAGAACACAUUAAUGGUAAAUAUACGUAUAUGUCCAUCACUAAGGAAAGUGGAAA